AUGGGGCAGCGAGGCGGGAGGGACCGGCUCCAAGGAUCAGAUUUGUCCCUCGCUGCUCUCAAAACAAGAAACAUUGAUUGGUGUGUGACAUCGGACAGCGAAUACAAGAAGUGUAAAGAGCUGACAAGAUCUUGUAGGGCUCCAGACAUUACCCUUAUCUGUGUGAAAAAACCCACCCUUGAGGAAUGCUUCACUGCCAUUAAAGAUGGAACAGCAGAUGCAAUUUCUGUGGACAGUGGAAAUGUAUUUAAAGCUUCGCUAAACCCAUACAAUCUGAAGCCAAUCAUGGCAGAAAGCUACGGAUCACAAAAAGAUACCUGUUAUUAUGCAGUAGCGCUGGUGAGAAAAUCGAGCACUUUUAAGUUUAGUGAACUGAAGAACAAGAGAUCUUGCCACACCGGAAUAGGACACAUGGCAGGCUGGUAUGCUCCAUUAAGUGUCCUUCAUGAGAAGAAGCUACUGAACUGGACAGAAGAUGAAGCUGAGAGAGCUGUCUCAAGGUUCUUUUCAGCGAGCUGUGUCCCCGGGGCCCAGGAGCCAAACUUGUGUAAACAUUGUGCUGGACGGGGAGGCAAGAAAUGCAAACUCAGUAACGAUGAACCUUACUAUAACUGUCAUGGAGCAUUCAAGUGUCUAAGAGACAACAAGGGUGACGUAGCUUUUGUGACACAUAUGACUGUACCAGCUGAACUCUAUAAGAAUUUCCAGCUGCUAUGUCCAGACAAUACUAGAAGGCCAGUUUCUCAGUUUCAAAAGUGCAGUCUAUCAAGAUUCCCGGUGAAUGCUGUAGUAACUAGGAGUGAAGGGGACAAGACUAAAGAUAUUGUUGACUUUCUUCAGUAUUCUCAGAAAAAAGCAUGUGACCUAUUCAGCACUAAGUAUGGGAAAAAUCUUCUGUUCAAAGACUCUACUACGAACAUUGUUCCUCUACCAACUUCUAUGGAUGCAUUCUUAUAUCUGGGAACAAGUCUUUUUAACUCCAUCAAAGAAAUAUUUGAAGUAAGCCAACCAUCCCAAGAAAUUCUACGCUGGUGUACGCAAAGCAGACAGGAGAAGAUAAAGUGUGAUAACUGGACACCCGUAAGUGGAGGUAUCAUUGAAUGUACAGAGGCCUCUUCUGCAGAUGAAUGUAUUCAACAAAUAAUGAAAGGUGAAGCAGAUGCUGUUACUCUGGAUGGAGGAUACAUGUAUACAGCUGGGCACUGUGGAUUGGUCCCUGUACUCGGAGAGUACUAUAACCAAGAGGAUCUAAAGCCAUGCAGGACCAGUGGAUCAAAAUCACAAGGCACAUACUAUGCAGUUGCUGUUAUAAAGAAAACAACCAAAGACAUUACAUGGAACAAUCUUAAAGGCAAGAAGUCCUGUCACACAGCAGUAGGUCGCACCGCUGGAUGGAAUAUUCCUGUUGGUCUGAUCAACAAGAAAAACAACAACUGUGAUAUUGGUUCAUACUUCAGUCAGAGCUGUGCUCCUGGCUCUGAUAUCAAUUCUAAUUUAUGUCAGUUGUGUAUGGGAGACCCCCAGAAACCUCUACUAAACACUAAAUGCUCACCCAGCUAUGCUGAGGCAUAUUACGGAUACUCCGGAGCGAUAAGGUGUCUGGUGGAGAAAGGAGAUGUGGCCUUUGUCAAACAUACCACUGUAUUUGAAAACACAGAAGGCAGGAAUCCUGCAGACUGGGCAAAAAAGCUUAAGCCUAAUGAUUUUGAGCUGCUAUGUUCUGAUGGUUCUCGCACUUCAAUCACCAACUACAAGACUUGCAACCUGGCAGAGGUACCAGCACAUGCUGUUGUUUCUCGGCCAGAUAAAAGGAGCAGUGUUUUGAGAAUUGUUACAAGACAACAGGCUCUGUUUGGGCGGAAUGGAAGUCAGAGACAGAAUUUUCAGUUGUUUGGCUCCAAGGAUGGAAAGGACCUUCUCUUUAAAGACUCCACCCAAUGCUUACUUGAGGUUGAUCAGAAAACCACAAUAGAGGAUUUCCUGGGGAAGUCAUACUACUCAGCUUUGUCCACACUAAAUAAAUGUUCUACUACAUCAGAGCUACUUUCUGCCUGCUCGUUUCACUGCUGUUAA